CGGGCCCGGCCGGCCGCGGUGCGGAGCCCUCGGGGCUGUGUGCGUGGGGGCGGGGCGGGGCCCGGCGACCCCGGCCCGUGCCUCCCGCGGCUCCCUCGCUGCCUUAUUUUUAGGCGGCGCGGCCCAUGGGCUAUUUCGAGCUGCAGCUGAGCGCGCUACGGAACGUGAACGGGGAGCUGCUGAGCGGCGCCUGCUGUGACGGCGACGGCCGGACGACGCGCGCGGGGGGCUGCGGCCACGACGAGUGCGACACGUACGUGCGCGUGUGCCUUAAGGAGUACCAGGCCAAGGUGACGCCCACGGGGCCCUGCAGCUACGGCUACGGCGCCACGCCCGUGCUGGGCGGCAACUCCUUCUACCUGCCGCCGGCGGGCGCUGCGGGAGACCGAGCGCGCGCGCGGUCCCGCAUCGGCGGCGACUCGGACCCGGGCCUGGUCGUCAUCCCCUUCCAGUUCGCCUGGCCGCGUUCUUUCACCCUCAUCGUGGAGGCCUGGGACUGGGACAAUGACACCACACCAGAUGAGGAAUUACUGAUCGAGCGGGUGUCGCACGCCGGCAUGAUCAACCCCGAGGACCGCUGGAAGAGCCUGCACUUCAGCGGCCACGUGGCCCACCUGGAGCUGCAGAUUCGAGUGCGUUGUGACGAGAACUACUACAGCGCUACCUGCAACAAGUUCUGCCGGCCCCGCAAUGACUUCUUCGGCCACUAUACUUGCGAUCAGUAUGGUAACAAGGCCUGCAUGGAUGGCUGGAUGGGCAAGGAGUGCAAGGAAGCCGUGUGUAAACAAGGAUGUAAUUUGCUCCACGGGGGAUGCGCUGUACCUGGGGAGUGCAGGUGCAGCUAUGGCUGGCAGGGCAAGUUCUGUGAUGAGUGUGUUCCCUACCCCGGCUGUGUGCACGGCAGCUGUGUGGAGCCCUGGCAUUGUGACUGUGAGACCAACUGGGGUGGCCUACUCUGUGACAAAGAUCUGAACUACUGCGGCAGCCACCACCCCUGUGUCAAUGGGGGCACCUGUAUCAACGCUGAGCCCGAUCAGUACCACUGCGCCUGCCCAGAGGGCUACUUGGGGAAGAACUGCGAGCGGGCUGAGCAUGCCUGUGCCUCCAACCCGUGUGCCAAUGGGGGUUCAUGCCACGAAGUGCCAUCAGGCUUUGAAUGCCACUGCCCGUCGGGCUGGAGUGGACCCACCUGUGCACUUGACAUCGAUGAGUGUGCCUCCAACCCAUGUGCAGCAGGUGGCACCUGUGUGGACCAGGUGGACGGCUUUGAGUGCAUCUGCCCCGAACAGUGGGUGGGGGCUACCUGCCAGCUGGACGCCAAUGAGUGUGAAGGGAAGCCGUGCCUUAAUGCUUUUUCUUGCAAAAACCUGAUUGGCGGCUAUUACUGUGAUUGCCUCCCGGGCUGGAAGGGCAUCAACUGCCACAUCAACAUCAAUGACUGUCGUGGGCAGUGUCAGCACGGAGGCUCCUGCAAGGACCUGGUAAAUGGGUACCAGUGCGUGUGCCCACGGGGCUUUGGAGGCCGGCACUGCGAGAUAGAGCGUGACGAGUGUGCCAGCAGCCCCUGCCGUCGGGGCGGUAUCUGCGAGGACCUGGUGGAUGGCUUCCGCUGCCACUGCCCACGGGGCCUCUCUGGGCCACUUUGCGAGGUGGAUGUGGACCUCUGCGAGCCGAGCCCCUGCCUGAAUGGUGCUCGCUGCUAUAACCUCGAGGGUGACUACUACUGUGCCUGCCCAGAAGACUUUGGUGGCAAGAACUGCUCGGUGCCCAGGGAGCCCUGCCCUGGUGGGGCCUGUAGAGUGAUUGAUGGCUGCGGGUUCGAGGCAGGGUCCAGGGCACAUGCUGUGGCACCCUCUGGCAUAUGUGGCCCUCAUGGGCACUGUGUCAGCCAGCCUGGGGGCAACUUCUCCUGCAUCUGCGACAGCGGCUUUACAGGCACCUAUUGUCAUGAGAACAUCGAUGACUGCCUGGGCCAGCCCUGCCGCAACGGAGGCACGUGCAUCGAUGAGGUGGAUGCCUUCCGCUGCUUCUGUCCCAGUGGCUGGGAGGGCGAGCUCUGCGACAUUAAUCCCAACGACUGCCUCCCCGACCCCUGCCACAGCCGCGGCCGUUGCUAUGAUCUGGUCAAUGACUUCUAUUGUGCCUGUGACGAUGGCUGGAAGGGCAAGACCUGCCACUCUCGCGAGUUCCAGUGCGACGCCUAUACCUGCAGCAACGGCGGCACAUGCUACGACAGUGGAGAUACCUUCCGCUGCGCCUGCCCUCCAGGCUGGAAAGGCAGCACCUGCACCGUAGCUAAGAACAGCAGCUGCCUGCCCAACCCCUGUGUGAAUGGGGGUACCUGUGUGGGCAGUGGAGACUCUUUCUCCUGCAUCUGCCGGGAUGGCUGGGAGGGCCGUACCUGUACACACAACACCAAUGACUGCAACCCUCUACCCUGCUACAACGGAGGCAUCUGUGUUGAUGGUGUCAACUGGUUCCGCUGCGAGUGCGCACCUGGCUUUGCGGGUCCUGACUGUCGCAUCAACAUUGACGAGUGCCAGUCCUCACCCUGUGCCUACGGGGCCACCUGUGUGGAUGAGAUCAACGGGUAUCGCUGCAGCUGCCCACCAGGUCGAGCCGGCCCCAGGUGCCAGGAAGUGGUUGGAUUCGGGAGGUCCUGCUGGUUCCGGGGCACAGACUUCCCGCACGGGAGCUCCUGGAUGGAGGACUGCAACAGCUGUCGCUGCCUGGAUGGCCACAGAGACUGCAGCAAGGUGUGGUGCGGGUGGAAGCCUUGUCUGCUGUCCAGUCAGCCCGAUACUCUGAGUGCCCAGUGCCCACCGGGGCAGCAGUGCCGGGAGAAGGCCCUGGGCCAGUGUCUGCAGCCGCCCUGUGAGGCCUGGGGUGAGUGCACAGCACAGGAACACCUGCUGCCCAGCACCCCUUGCCUGCCACGGUCCACCCACCUGGACAACAACUGUGCACGCCUCACGUUGCGCUUUAACCGAGACCAAGUGCCUCAGGGCACCACCGUGGGCGCUAUCUGCUCCGGGAUCCGUGCCUUGCCUGCCACCAGGGCAGUGGCGCGCGACCGCCUCCUACUGCUGCUCUGUGAUCGUGCUUCCUCAGGGGCCAGUGCUGUGGAGGUGGCUUUGUCCUUCAGCCCUGCGAGGGACCUGCCUGACAGCAGCCUGAUCCAGAACACAGCUCAUGCCAUUGUGGCUGCCAUCACUCAGCGGGGGAACAGCUCGCUGCUGCUGGCUGUCACUGAGGUCAAAGUGGAGACAGUCGUCAUGGGUGGUUCCUCCACAGGUCUAUUGGUGCCUGUGCUGUGCAGCAUGUUCAGCGUGCUGUGGCUGGCCUGCGUGGUCAUCUGUGUGUGGUGGACACGAAAGCGCAGGAAAGAGCGUGAGAGGAGUCGGCUGCCACGGGAUGAAAGCACCAACAACCAGUGGGCCCCGCUCAAUCCCAUCCGCAACCCCAUCGAGCGGCCAGGCAACAGUGGCCUGGGUACCGGGGCCCACAAGGACGUGCUCUAUCAGUGCAAGAACUUCACGCCGCCGCCACGCAGGGCGGGCGAGGCACUGCCUGGGCCCACCGGCCCCGGGGCUAGUGGGGAGGACGAGGAGGAAGAGGAGCUUGGCCGCGGAGAUGAGGACUCCCCAGAGGCAGAGAAGUUCCUCUCACACAAAUUCACCAAAGACCCCAGCAGCUCCUUGGGGAAGCCAGCCCGCUGGGGCCCAGGGCCCAAAGUGGACAACCGCACGGUCAGGAGCACAAAGCUAGUGCACCAUGCUGGCAGGGAAUAGGGCUGCUGCCGGGCUGGGACCCAGAACCCCUUGCUGGCAUCACACCCGUGCCGGACCAUAGGAGGCCAAGGCCGUGUGCAUAGUUUAUUUUGUGUAAAAAACAAAACAACCAAAAACAAAAAACAAAUGUUUAUUUUUUACGUUUCUUUAACCUUGUAUAAAUUAUUCAAUGACUGUCAGGCAGAAAAACAACGGAGUAUUCUCGGAUCAUUGCUAUUUUUGUAAAGUUUCUGUGUGUCCACACACGCUGUGGCAGAGAGCAGAGCGUGUGUAUGUUCUCACCAAAUCGUAUAAUGUUUGUUACCAGAGGUUGUCACUGUUUACAGAAUCUUCUUUUUAUUCCUCACUUGGGUUUCUCUGUGGCUCCAGGCCAAAAAUCCCACGAGACCCAGGGCUGUAGGCAUGGCCUGUGGCUCUCGGGGACCUGUAGUUGUCAGUGGGGCCUGUGGCUCAGUGGGAUCUGUGGCUGUCAACAUGGCCUGAAAUUGUCCGUGGGACCUCUGGCUCUUGGUCUGGCUGUGGCUUUUAGUGGAACCUAUUGCUGUUAGCAGAACUCAUGGCUGUCAGUGGCACCUGUGGCUGUUAGGGACAUAUGUGGCCAUGGACCUGGCCUAUGGCUGUCAGCAGGCACCCAUGGCUGCAGGUGGGCCCAUGGCUAUUAGGGACACCCUUGCCAUGCGUCUGGCCUGUGGCCGUCAGUGGCAUCUGUGGCUACUGGCACAGCCUAUAGCUAUCAGUGGCACCUGUGGCUUUUGGGGACACCUGUGGCCGCGGGUCUGGCCUAUGGCUGUCAGAGGCAUCUGUGGCUGCCGGCACAGCCCGUAGCUAUCAGUGGCACUCGUGGCUGUUGGGGACACCUGUGGCUGUGGGUCUGGCCUAUGGCUGUCAGUGGCACCUGUGGCUGCUGGCAUAGCGUGUAGCUAUCAGUGGCACUCGUGGCUUUUGGGGACACCUGUGGCCGCGGGUCUGGCCUAUGCUGUAAGUUGUACCCACAACUGCUAGCAUGGCCUAUUGCUGUCAGUGGGGCCCGUGGCUGUUGUGGUACCUGUUGCUGCGGUACAGCCUAUUCUAGCUUUCAGUGGGACCUGGGACUGCAGGUAGGACCUGUGAUGGUCCGUGUGCCGCUGCCUAUUGAUGUGUCCCUGGUUGUGGCAUGGCCUAUGGCUGCUGGCGGCUCCUGUGGUUGUCAGCAGGGUUGGAGGUCAUGGGUGUGGCCUAAGGCUGGCAAGCAGACUUGGUCCAUGCCCCAGCUGGUCCCUCCAGCUUGCUGUCCUUGCUUCCUCCUGCCCGGAACUCUCCAGAGAUCUCCAACUGUGCUUUCAGAAGUGCCCUUCCCGACUGCUUGGUUUCCCUCCCGGGACAGCGGCAGUAUUGAAGCUUGUGACAAGUGCCUUCACACAGACCCCCUCCCAGCUGUCAGCGUUUGCCGUGGGCACCAGGCUGCUGCCCACCUGCCAGCCCUGGCCACCCUCCUUGUGAAAGUGCAUUUCUGUAAAUAUGUACAUAUUAAAUGAAUCACUCUGUAUAUUUGAUUUAAUAACUUAAA